GUCGACGUUAGUGGGAUUCAAUGAACGAAAUUUCCGAGUCAGCUAUGCCAGUGUCACAUGAUCGACGCCGUCCAAAAUUUCUGCUUGGACUGAAUCUCAUACCAUGUCACGAUGACCACAUCCCUAGGCCUCUCAUUACCUGCCUCAGGUCACAAGAAACGGAAGCAUCGUGCAUCCGAUGCAAACCACGAUGUACCCAGGAAGAAGAAGAAAGAGAAAUUGAAACAGGACACGGGGAAGCUCCCCACCGAACCUUCGACAAGUGAAUUCCGGGUGACAAAGGCAACCAUAACACUAUCUGUACCUCCUGUAUUUGCCAGUAAUCUACGCACGGGAGUGGAGGAAAUGUUAGAUAGCAUGAUUAUGCGAUAUAUCCCGUCCUUGUGUGGUGUUCUCUUGGCUCAUUCAAAUUUACAUUUCCUAAGUCCAACAGCGAGCAUAAAUGCCGACUGUCCUUUCGCGAUCUGUAACGUUACUUUCGAUGCUACGGUCUGGAGCCCAAGUAUAGCCAUGAAACUUAUUGGCAAGAUUAUUAUGUACUCUCCCGAUCAUGUUUCGCUUCUCCUGCACCGUACGUUUAACGUUUCCAUACCACGACAUCACAUUCCGCAAGAUGUUUGGGAAUUCGAAUAUGGUCCUGCAGAAAAUGAUCCCGAGUAUGGAGAGGGUGCUGUAGGGUCACCUGUCGAUAAAGAAGAGGAUGCAGGAAUGAAGGAUGGUGAUGCUGAGAAGAUAGAUGCUGAGAAGACGGAAGACGAAGCGGUACCGGAGGCGAGCGGACAGUGGGUACACCGUUUGACGGGGACGAAGCUUGGCGGCACAGAUGGGUAUCUAGAGUUUACAGUCAUUGGAAAAACUGUGGCGAACGAAAUGCUCUCCCUUCAGGGAUCGAUACAGUCUGAUCCCUUUUCUGAAGAACACUCUACUACACAAUCAGGGAAGAGCUCCCACAAAAAAGGUGACAAAUAAGUUCAGGUUAUCUGAUGCUUCCUUGACCUCUGGAAGCACCUCCUAUGAUUUUAGUACAUGACGAUGCACUCCCAGGGUUGUCGCCAGUGAUAUGAAGAACGUCGGCCGUUUCGCCAUGCAAACUAGGAGUCUGUUCGAGUUCACGUUAUUCGUUCAUUGCUUACAAGAGGUUUUCUUUGGGCUCUCAAUGAUGGAGGGGAACGAACCCCGCAUAAUUUAGCACCAAAGCACC